AUGCAGUCGUCCAAGAAAGAUCACCAAGACGGCGCGGAGUCGACACCGUCGCCGACGUUCAAGGAGCAGCUCGAUCAAGAGGCAGUUGAGAGCCGGACUCAUCAGCACGAGAGCGAGAGCGGAGAGCAGCCGACUAUCAAGGCUGUCGUUGACAAGAUCGCCCAGGCCAUCCCAGCCUCCGUCCCCAUCAUCGGCGGCGCACAUCAUACAGACGACGACAAGGUGGAGCAUCAGAAACCAGAGCCCGGGCUUCCUCCUCGUCGGCCGGAGCACGACACCCAGAUUGAGGAAUUCGUGAGGGAGCAGCAUCGGAGCAACGAGCCCGAGAUUGUGAGCUCUUCCAGGACGUGA